GAUAACCCUAAUUAUGACCAAAUAAUCUCAUUGCCUAAUAAAUUUAAGAAUGAUUUUAAUUGGUGGAUUGACAACAUUGACUCCAGCAAUCCUUUGAAAUGUAAUAAGUUUAAAUUGGAGAUAUUUUCAGACGCUUCUUCGAGCGGAUUUGGAGCAUUUUGUAAUGGUCAGGAAGUUCACGGUUUUUGGAAAGAAAAUGAAAAAGAUAUAAAUAGCUUAGAAUUAAUAGCUGCCUUUUUAGGAUUGAAAACAUUUGCUAAACAUGUGUCAAAUUGUGAAUUGACUAAGGAUUGAUAAUGUUACUGCUAUUUCUUGUAUCAAUCGUAUGGGGAGCAUUCAAUAUCCACAUUUAAAUCGCAUAUCUCGCGACAUAUGGCAAUGGUGCGAAGACCGAAAAAUAAUACUAUUUGCGUCAUAUAUAAAUACUCAUGAAAAUAUAGAGGCAGACCAUCUUUCGCGUAAAAAAUUUACUGAUACCGAAUGGGAGUUAUGCGAUGAAGCUUUUCAAUUGAUUGUAAAUACUUAUGGCAAUCCUGCAAUAGAUUUGUUUGCAAGUCGAAGUAACGCGAAGUGCCCCAGAUGGUCCCACAUCUUGAACAAGACGCUUACAUUGGUUGCCGUGAAAUUGUCCGGAAAUCUUUAUCACAAAAAUCAUUAAAAGACAAAUCUAUAGAUAUUAUAAUGUCAUCACUUUCAGAAAAAACUUACAAGCAAUAUGAUAGUUGCUUAAGAAAUUGGUACAAUUACUCUAAAAAUUAUGGUAUAGAUUAUCUGAAACCAACUGUUUCCGAUAUAAUAAAUUUUUUGGCAUCUAUUUAUGAAAAUGGCGCUCAAUAUGGCACAAUAAAUUCGCAUAAGUCCGCGGUUUCUUUAUACCUACCUACGUACCUAGGUACGUCAUAUCUUAGAGACGAGCGAAUUAAUAGAUUUAUGAAAGGAGUAUUUCGUCUUAGACCAACGGCACCGAAAUAUGAUUUAACGUGGGACCCUGGUAUUGUUCUACGUUAUUUGUCUAAAAAAUGGCCUAAUGAUUCCCUUGAUUUAGAAAGUUUAUCGAAAAAGUUAUCAACAUUAUUGGCACUCGUAACUGCACAUAGAGUGCAAACUUUAACAUUGAUUAAAUUAAAUAAUAUUAAUAUUAUAGAGAAUGCAGAGGUUUUAAUUAAGAUACCCGAUCCAAUAAAAACAUUACGCUUAAAUUCAACACAACCUUUAUUAAAAUUGCCAUUUUUUGACCAAAAUCCGAAUAUAUGUCCCGCUAGAUGUUUGAUUUCUUAUAUAAAUAAAACCAGGUCUUUGCGGUCAGGCGAUCAUAACAACUUGUUCAUAAGUUACAGAAGACCUCACUCAAAAUUAUCGUCCCAGCGUCUAAGCCAUUGGAUUAAAGAUACACUAAAACAGAGUGGUUUAGAUACUACCAUGUUUAGUACACAUAGUACCAGGCAUGCGGCUACAUCCAAAGCCAGUUCUCUCGGUAUAAGCUUAGAUAUCAUUCGAAAAACCGCGGGUUGGAGUACGUUAUCCUCUGUGUUUGCGAGAUUCUAUAAUCGGGAAAUUGUAAUCGAUCACAAAAAUCAAUUUGCUCAAGCAAUUCUUUCGUGCACAUCCAAUACCACUUUAGAUUGAUUAAUAAAUUCAAUAAUGUUAAAUGUGAUUAAGUUGGACCUUUUUCGUUUCGUAAUAAAAUCUAAUAACA